AACAGCGGCACCAGUUGUUCUUUUUUUUUUUUUCCCUCUCCGACAAUCACUCAUUGUUGUCGACAUUAUGUCUCAUAUCUCAUUUAAAGGCUGUAGUUUCCUCAGCCACCUCGACAGCUUUCAAUUUGACAUCUCAUCAUGCCAGACGAUUGCAGCAUCGCUGGUCUUUGCCACAGGAGGUCUGUUCCUCCUCAGCAGGGGCCUUAGCUUCCUUCGAGCUCUUUUCAGCAUUUUCAUCUUACCAGGGAAAUCAUUGAGCAGCUUUGGCCCGAAGGGUAGCUGGGCCCUCGUUACCGGUGCCUCUGAUGGUAUUGGCAAAGAAUAUGCCCUCCAGAUUGCGCGAAAGGGUUACAACAUCAUUCUCGUUUCACGCUCCGCAUCGAAGCUCUCCGCCGUGGCCUCCGAGAUCACUUCCGCUAAUCCCAACAUUUUGACCAAAACCGUUUCCAUGGAUUUCUCAGAGAACAACGACGAGGAUUACGAGAAACUUAAGGAUAUCAUCAAAGACUUGGAUAUCUCUAUCCUAAUUAACAACGUGGGGUUGAGCCAUAGCAUCCCUGUACCAUUCGUUCAGACUCCAGAAAAGGAAAUGAAAGAUAUCAUCGCCAUCAACUGUCUCGGCACACUCCGCGUCACACAGCUCGUUGCACCCGGGAUGAUGCAGCGGAAACGUGGGUUGAUCCUUACGAUGGGCUCAUUCGGCGGUCUCUUACCUACUCCUCUGCUCGCCACAUACUCCGGCAGCAAAGCUUUCUUGCAGCACUGGUCUACUGCACUGGCUUCCGAGUUGGAGCCAUACAACAUUCACGUGCAGCUCGUCGUCAGCUACCUCGUCACGUCUGCAAUGUCCAAGGUCCGCAAGGCUUCGAUGACGAUCCCAAACCCCAAGGCCUUUGUUCGAUCGACUCUCAACCACCUGGGACGCAGCGGGGGCUUGUUUUCGUAUUCGCAUACAUCUGUGCCGUAUUGGACUCACGGUCUCAUGGCUUGGGGCAUCACUUCUUUCCUUGGUGCAAUGAGUAAAACAGUCCUUGGAAUUAACAAGUCCAUGCACGAAUCCAUUCGACAACGCGCGCUGCGUAAGGCAGCGCGGGAGAGUGGAAAAAAGGCACAAUAGAUGUUGUGUGUCUAAUCCUUUUUUCAGACAUGGCCUAAAUAAAUUUUUCGGGGUUUAUAUGCUGCUAGCUUUGUCAGUAGUGCAAAAUGAGCAGAAAAGAUUGUAUGAAUUUACUUUUGGGUCCACGUCCUUUUGAGUGGUGUUCUUAAUGUACACUACAAGUUUAAAUAAAUAAUGAAACGUCACUUGAACAGGCUCUUGGAAUUUGUCCAAUUAGCUAGGAGCCGAGCUCGAAAUCCACAAUAAAUAGCAAGGACCGUGUACUCCAACUACUCCUGACAACUGUACAAUGAAGAUAUCACGGAACUUCAAAGUCUUGGGUCCCUCUGGCAUCUCGUGUCUUUUCCAACCCAAAGGAGUCAAAAUGCUAAUAGUUUCCUGAUCAACAAUGUAUAGACUCGUGAUUUCAUGGAUCAGUGCAGCUGAAUCUUUCUUAACACCGCGUCGCUCACCGAUUGAUGCCCAAAAGCUGCCAGGGAUCCUGCUUCUCCGAGCCCUACGAAGAAGCAGCCUUUCAUGAAACCAAGGCCAAACGACAAUCCAGAAAAAGUGCAUGGAGGUAUGGGGGCUUUUCUUCGCACAUCUUCUCAGUUUCGUCCGUCAAAUUUUAUUCCAUCCUCUCCCAUUGGGACUGCCAUCCUGGUGCUGCAGGAUGGGCCCUCCGUAUUGUGCCCCAUAAUAAUCAUGCACGUCAUUCCAGUUGCUGUUGGAACUGCCAGGAUGCUGUUGCACUUCUGAACUCGGUCGAGCUCCGAUUUGACAUCGGCUCAUAUCAAAAGGGGGUUCUUCAUACCUAACGUGGAGCUAGUCGCAUGCUGGGGUUUGUCCUCUACACUCU